AUGUGGAGGGGUGCAAGAUCUGGAACCAGGGAGAGCCUUGGGGUGACCCUCUCGAGCCCAGAGGGCCCCAGUCCUCCUGUUUCUCCCAAAUCACUGAUGUCUUCAGGACCCACUGGGACUUCACCUGCCUUUGAUCUUGUGCCUUCACCUGCCUCCGGUGGAUGUGGCAAACGGGACAUGAGGAUAAUCGGUGGAAGGCCAGCUGAGGAGAAAAUGUGGCCUUGGCAAGUGAGCCUCAGCGUCGAUGGCAAACACAUAUGUGGAGGCUCCAUUAUCGGGCCACAGUGGGUGCUAACGGCUGCUCACUGCAUUUUUGGACAUAAGGAUUAUGUGGUGAAGAUGGGAGACACAUUGGUAUUUAAUGAUACCAAAGACACAACUUUGGCUACGGUUCGAGACAUUGUUGUCCAUAACUCUUUCGAGUUGACUCAUUUGCGUUUUGACAUUGCCUUGAUUCUGCUAGAUUUCUCUGUGUCUUAUACAUCGUCCAUCCAGCCUAUUUGCCUCCCUAUAAAGCCUUACGAAGUGAAAUCGGGAACUCCGUGCUGGGUGACAGGAUGGGGCAGAUAUAGAAGAGACGCGUUGCUGGAGCUCUGA